AUGGCCCCCGACAUUCCCAGGCCACCGACUCUUCGCCGGUCAUGCCAAGCCUGCGCGCGCGGCAAACGCCGCUGUGACCAGCGCUGGCCGCGCUGCACCCGGUGCCAAACCCGGAAGAUAGACUGCGAAUACAUCAACGUCCCAUUAACGGUGGGCUCCGACACAGGCUCAACAGCUACCACAACAACAAUCACUACCAGAUCAACGCUCUCACCGAAACUCCCUCACAAGAAGCCAAGACAGCAUUACCAACUAACGACAACACACUCCAUCCCUCUUUCCCUCCCCUUAGAAAUCACAAAGGGCUACUCCCAACCCAUCAUUGCAUACCUAGUCUCAGGCAUGCGCGCAUACCCAUCCACCUUCGCCCUGAACAUGAAAACCCACUUCAUCCACCCAGACCUAUGGCCCAGUCCAUCUUCUCCCCCGUUACCUAUCAGGGACAUUCACGCCCUGUGUAAACUACACUCCACCAGCACAAACAAAACCAUCAUUCCCCUCCUCAAACAGAAAUCCUCCUCCCUCCUCCGCACCCUCAACCACACCACCAGCUUUGAGGAAAUGCUAGCCACCGCGCAGGCCCUCCUCCUCACGCAAUGCAUGCUCGUUUUUUCCGAUACAGACACAUCCCAAUCCUACUCCGAAUCAAUCAGCACUAUGCUCUACAAUCUCGGCCAGAAACUCUGGCAACAAGCCCCCAUCCAACUACCAGGCAGUUUGAGCCCGCGCAGAGCGUGGCUGUUCGCUGAGAGUGUGCGGAGGACGAUCAUCGUGGGGUUCAUGCUGCGGAGCGUGUACUCGCUCAAGAUGCGGAAUUAUUCCGUCCGCACGCCGUUCGUGGAUUCAUUGCCGUUUGAUAUGAGGACUGGGUUGUGGGAUCGGGAUGUUGAUGUUGGUGGGGAUGCGAGUGGGGAGUCGCUGGAUGCGAUGGUCUCGUUGCAUCAGUAUUCAGGCAUGUUGGAAAGUGGCAUGGUUCAUGGGAUCUCGGAAUUUGGGGGGUUGAUUCUUGCCGCGUGUAGAGGGAGGGCGGUGCAGGGCGUGCCGUAUCCUUCUGUUACUGGGUAUGCGGGGUACUAA